UUUAACGGGGACGGAUCUGCAGGAUGGAUGGGAUCCAUAGCGAUCUAAGUUAAAGCAGUGUUGGCGAGGCUCUCGGAGCCCUGCAAAGCGGGAUUCCGAGAUCCGGGCUGCUUUUGCACUGCGGGCAUCGUGCUCGGAAGUCUGAGAAGCGCCGUGUGGGCGGAUGCUGCAGCGAGAUCUUUAGUGUCAUAUUCACAUCGCCUGGAGGGAAAGGCGAGAUCAGCCUCUUUCCCUGCUGGGCUUACAGCAGGGAUGGCCAAACCUCUGGGCGUUAUGACUCAUGUACCUUUAAUAGUUGUGGGGAAAGCAGCAGAUGCCUCUUGUCAUGUCACGGCGCUUGCCCAGCUUGGAAAAGCUGCGCCUGUCAGAAUUCCCUCGACGACGCAUCUAUUAAAGGGAAAGGAGCGCCGCCGCUGAAAACGUUCCUAGCCAUGCAGGACUGCACACUCCUGAUUGGAUGACCAGCAUGUUUCUAGCAGCUGAAGCAUCUCGGCCUGCGCUGUUGUUCUGGUCUCAAGCCCUCUUCUGCCUCCUCUUCUGCGCCCCUUACGGUUGUUGUACCUCCUGCCCAGACCAGUGCCAGUGCACCAACUACUCGGGAGCCACAGCUGUUCUGUGCAGUGCUAGCAACCUAGAUGAAAUUCCAAAAGAUAUUCCCAAGGACACCAUGUUUUUGAAACUGGAUGCCAAUAAGAUCACCUCUGUCCCUAACAGCACAUUCAGGCACCUCGCCCACUUGCAGGAGAUAGACCUCUCCAAAAAUGCCAUUGAGAAGAUUGAUUCUGCAGCGUUCAAAGGGGUUGCCGAUGGCCUGCGGCUGCUUGACCUCUCUGGCAACCACAUCCAGAGGAUCCCAAAGGAAGCCCUGGUCAACUUAAAUGCCAUGAUCCGCCUGUCCAAUAACCCCUGGCACUGUGAAUGUACUCUGCAGGAAGUCUUGUGGGAAGUGAAACUAGACCCUGAUUCAGUCAACGAGAUCACCUGCCAGACAUCUGUGCAAGAGGAGUACGCUGGGAAACCACUGCUCCAUAUCCUCGAUUCGGGCAUCAACUUUUGCAACAUGCACCAGAAAACCACGGAUGUCGCCAUGUUUGUUACCAUGUUCAGCUGGUUUACUUUAGUCAUCAGCUAUGUGGUGUACUAUGUUCGGCACAACCAAGAGGACACAAAGAAGCACCUGGAAUAUCUGAAAUCCCUGCCUAGCACAAGGGUCCCUAAAGAGACCAUCAGCACUAUUCUGUAGCCAGGAAUGUUGAUCCUUGGCUGGACUUCCAGUUUUCUAUGUAGGAAAGAACGUUGGGAGGGACUUGGGACAUUUAUGUCCAACUAGUUCUGCAACAACUUUUUUUUAAACAAAAACAAACCAACAGUUUAAUAGAAAAUGAAAACUUGUUGUUAUAUAAAUAUAGGAAGAGUGAGGUUCCCAUGUUCUGUGCCAUAUUACCAGCAGAAGGAUUCCAGCAGAAAACUAGAGAUAAGGAGAUCUGCUUUCUAGGAGAACUUUAGGACAAUGGACGGUUGAUGUGAGAUGUUUACAAUCAGGAUUUGAUUCUGUGGGAGAGACCCCAAAGCCCUGCAGUGUCUAGAACUUGGUGGCUCCGAAAAUGCUUUUGAUUUCAAUGGGAAGUAUGUACAUGGUUGACCUUUACUUGAUUCUUUGGGACACUGCAAACACACUCUCUCAGGAGUUUUUGGAACCACACAAAGUCCUUUCUCUCAAAUCGGUAAAUUGUGCAAGCAUGCACACACAUAGAUUCAUGUACAUGAGCAGGAAUUAUGUUUGAUGUAAGCGUGCUUGUGUUGCAAAGCUGAAGAGGGUAUGUGCUUCCUUUGGGCUUACGUAUUACAUGGCAUUUGGAGUCUGCACCUCUUCACUCUUUGUUAGGUUACUAACCUAUUUUCAUGGUGACCACUAUUAAGGUGAGCAUUGAAUAUAAUCAGAGAGGACAAUUUUAAGCAUAUAUUAUGUAAUGAACGAGCCUGAACAGGCUUCUUCCACAGAAAGGGAGGAAGGAAGCACGUGACUGAAAAUGCUUAUUUCUAAAUAUGCCUCUUUCUCAUAUUUCAAACCCACCCCACUUCCUCAAGGGUGGUCCUAAGAUGUAGCUGGUGCUGGAAUUUAGUAAGGCGGAAAAGUGGGGUAUGGAUUAUAUGUAAACCAAACAAAAAUUAGGGGGCACAUGGCAGUGGCAAGUUGCUACACUCAACAUGUCUUUCCAGCUGACAAAAAUUCCUAGGCAACGCAGCUCAUUUGCUGAAACAAUAAACAGUAAGGAAAUAAAA